UAAGUGAUACAAGACAUUCUAUAAUUUUCAUUUCAUGACGAGAGUGAAGAGGACAAACAACCAUGGCUUGUGACAAGAAAUGGGCAAUUUUUGCCGUUUUCGUAUCUUUCAUCGUGGUGAUAGCUAUAGUUGUGCCUAUCGCAGUGUUUAGAAAUACCGGACAGUCAAAUGGGGAGCUUGUCGAUGGUGGCUCUCUGGCGCCCAGUGACCUGUUUGUUCACUUUGGGCUUAUGAUCAAAUGCACAACCAAGAAGAAUCCUCUUCGUUACCAUGGAUACGGAUGCCACUGUGGCCUGUUCAACGGAGGAGAAGGCAGACCUGUUCUUGAUAGCGUGGAUCAGUGCUGCAAAGAUCACGAUGUAUGUCUUGAGAGGCUUGAAACAUCCGGUCUCUGUACUAAACUCGCUUUCAUGUACCCCUACACCGUGGACAUGAAGGGAUGUGGGAAGAAACAGUCUGCAAAUAUAACUUGCAAGGCAUCAGCUAGUUACAAUGACAUUGAGAGGACGCUUGUUUUCGGGAAGACUCAAUGCGCAGAGGCAAAGUGCCAAUGCGACAGGGAUGCCGCCAUCUGCUUCAGUAAAAACCAAGUUCAGUCUCGCUACAAGCUGGGCAAGAUUCGUCCAUCAACCUGCAAGGCUAAACCAGGUGCAGGACCAAAAACGCUUCCACCAACCACUGCAACUCUGCCAGCAGUACAAACAACCAUGCAACCACCGGUUCGAGAGACUGUCAAACCGGCACCCAUAUACCGUAUAGCCUAAGAUGAUUGGCGGUGAGGGAUAGGUUUCACGGGACAUUCAGUGUAUUCGCGCAAAAAUAGAACAAAUAAUUUACCCAAGUGCAAUAUCAUA